CAUCGGCAGUGUGUCCGCGCAAAAGAUGCAGUCGGUGCCCCGAAUUGGCAAACGGACGUCUGUGUGUACACGUAGCAUCCUUCUUUUUUAGUUACCGUUUGCCCUGCCUCGUCCCUACACUGCAGUGGGCUACAGUACACGCGAGAAAGCCCAUAUGGUGAGACACUUGGCGGCUCGGCUUUGUAUUUCUCCGAUCUUGGAUCCCACCUACCUCUCGUGCCCAGUUCAGCCAGCAUGGCUUUGGCCUCUGCGAUCUUCGACAGGGGAGCCUGCCCUCUUUUGUCAUGCUAAAAUACACCCUGAAGAUCAUAAAGAGGGCCAAUUUCCACCGAAAAGGACCCUGAAUGGACUCGCCUCGCUCUCGUACGGAGGAGAAACAGUUGGCUCAUGUCACAGGCUGAUAUUUGCCAGAAUUGGAUUCUGCUGUUUGAUGCCAUCAUCCCAGCAUACCGCAGCGUGAUAUACGCAUAUGCUAAUGCUUCAGGCUUCCGACUUCAGGCUCUUGUGGUAUUUGUGCUCGGCUGCUGCUGUGAAUUAGAAGAGCGGAACAGGAGCGAUCUUUU